AUGGUAAGUCAGAUUUUACAUUUCAGGCCUUUUCAAAACAUUAAUGUUUUGCUCAAAACUUGUAGUCUGGUGAUCAUGCAGGAAUAUUUUCAGAUUGUUUAUCUACAUAAUACAGUGUAUACGUACUGCAAGUGUAACAACAACAUACACCUUACUUUCCCCACUUAAUUGUGUGUGUUGAUUAGCUACAAUUUACUGUUUAUGUACCGUACAAGAGGGGAUGUAUAAUGUUCUCCUAUGAAGCUUUCAGUCAUGGUGUGGAACAUGAGUUAUAGCUCUGUGUUGUAAGCACAACCCACCUUACACCCACCCCCUCACUCCCUUCACAUAGUCAUUUGCCCAGGUUUGAUUCAGGCUAGUUUCCAUACAAUGCUCCAAGAGAUACACCAACCUGCUUGAGGCAUAAUGAAUGCAGGUGCCACAAAAGAGAAUGAUGAAAAAGAAUGAUCCACAGGCUCACAGGAGGCAGAGAACAAAACCUUUGUUCAAUGUGAUAAUGUAUCAUAUUUUACAUUCCAAAAAAGGGAGUUUAAUUUUUCCUUGUUACUUACUGCAGCUAUGUUGUUUAGGCAACAAAAAUUUUGCAGUUGUUUUAAAAAGUAUGAUAUAGUUGAAAACUGGUUUGAAAGUUAUGAAUUGAUACUACAUAUAUGUUUACUGCCUUCAUAAUCAACAGGAAUAGUACUUUCUGUCAAAAUGCAAGCUGAAAGAAAAGUUAACGAACUAGAGAAAGAAAAUAGCACAUUAAAAGCAGAAGUUGAACAUUUAAAGACCAAAUGUGCUAUGUUAGAGGUAUGACCAUAUCUCUGAUAACUAAAAACUAAAUUAGGAAGGACCCAUGAUAUAACAUGCUGAAUUCAUGUUUAUACAUGUAUGUCCCAGCAUUGAUUUUUAUUUACUUAUUUCUGUAAAAAACAAAAGCCAAGUAAUACAGACUGCCCAAACAAAUUACAUUCUAAUAAAUUCCAAUGAACCAAUGCCCAAGAUCUUUAGAACCCAUGGGAGUACUCCAGAUUCAAAGGCACAGGGAUGAUCGAUGGAUUGUCUUAAAUUUAAAAUUCAUGAUGUUUGGAUUUUUUGAGUAAGAAGAUUUUAGCAGAGACUUUUCCCUUUCCUAGUUGUUUUGCUAAAAGCAUACAUCGCUAUUAAUCAAUUUAAGCCAGUAUUAUGGCUUGCGGGAAUUUUUGUUGAAAAAUCACAUCUAUAGCAGUGGCAGAUCCAGACCUUCGGAUAAGGGGGGUGGGGGCAGUCAUCCAGACCCUGUUUAAGGGGGGGCUGGUUGUAAACAAAAUUUUUUCUUGUCUAAAAAUCAGGGGGAGCCCGGAGGGCCUAGGCCCCUCCCCUGGAUCCGCCGCUGUAAAGGUACAACACUUUGCGUAUAAACAAGGCUGGCUGCAGAGUGGGUGAGAGAACUCGCCUCACACCCCUGGUGGCCUGCUAUUAAGUCCCUGUGCAGCCGCCAUAUGUGGGGUUAGUUUGGCUUGUUAGGUUCCAACCUUUUCUCUGAGUGCUUUAUCCCUACCACAGUACUCUGGUUUUCCCUGAAACCAACAUUUUCAAUUUCCAACUCAAUCUGGAAUGCAUGAACAUCUUCAAACAGAGCUUCUACAUUAGCAGCUGCUUGAAGACUGAAAGCCAAUUGGUUUGCUACCCAAACUGGAAAACAAUGGAAAACAAUGGUACAUGUAAACAAUGAAUUACCAUUGUUUAAAAGAAAAAAUCAGGAAAGACCUUACAAGCAGCUCCUACAUUACCGCUCCCUAGUGUUUCUUGGGUAAAUUAUAUGUACAUUUUUAAUUCUUUCUUCUUCUUUUUUCUUUUCUUUUUUUUUUUUUCGUCAUUUCAGUCUGAAUUAAAGACAUUUAAAGGAGAGCCAAGUCAAUAAGUAGACAAGUUACAUUUGUGAAGCAUAACAAGUGUUUAGAUACGAAAUAGACCGAAUGUAUUAAAUUUUACAAAUAUACAGUGUACAUUGCAGUGCAAUUAGUAAUUUUAUGGGAUGACACAAUCAACAGGAGAGACUAAACUGACUAAAAAGAGUAAAAAUUAUAUCGGCUCAAAUGACAGCCCUUAAGCAUAAAUAUUCGAACAUUUUAAGAAAGCUUUCCUAGAAAAAUCAGUAUAAUUAUGUUAUAUUUUUAUACAGGACAAAAUCUUUAAUGGCCUGAAACACAAAUCAAUGAAGACUAGAUAUGGCGGUAUAUGUAGCCUUUACAUUGUAGUUAUAAAUAUUAGCUACAUGUAGCUUGUAUGCAUAUCGGUAGUUAGCCUGUGUACAGACGCCCCCCAGGGGCAUCCUCAGAGACCCAGGGGCCAGGCAGAUAUUGGGGCCGAGGGAAACGAGCCUAAACAGGCGCCAAAAAAAUGGCGAGAAGAACGAGGAUACCCCAGGAGAGGGGGGCGUCUGUAGACAGGCAAACCGGUAGAGGAUCUAUUAACCAAGCGAAGGACAAAUUAUUAUUAAUGGUGACAGGAAUGACUAGAGUCCAAUUUGGUCUGUAAUCAUGCAGACCGAUUUUUUUAAUCACGAGUUUAUGAUUACAGACCGAAUUGGACGACACGAAGUUCUGUUACCAAUUAAUCAUAACUUUCACAAAAUUUGUGAUAUAUAAGGCUCUUUUUUAAAUCAAAACACAAGAAAUUCCAAGAUUUUUUUUGCUAACAGUGAAAAAAAAGCCAUUUAAGCGUGCGCGCGAUGGCGCGUACUAUCCAAUAGGGACCUUACGAUCCGACAACGGCGACGUCCAUGAAAACGUGGUUGAAAAACAGACUUC